AUGACACGCGCAGCAGUGGUUUGCGUCUCACACGGUGGAGGCCCUAUGCCCAUUCUUGGGGACCCCGGACACGCCUCAGUCACUGCAUCACUCAAGAACCGCGUGCCCAAGAUCUUCAAGCUCAACACCCCUGACGCCCCCAAAGCAAUUCUUGUUGUUACUGCACACUGGUCUGAAAGCAGGCCGACCAUCUCAUCGGCCGUCAGUCACGGCCUGUACUACGACUAUGGCGGUUUCCCCAGGGAAGCCUACUCGCUCAAGUACCCCGCCCCCGGGUCACCAGAGAUCGCCCAGGAGGUGAAGCAGGCGUUUGAAAAGGAGGGUCUCUCACCAGAAUUCGACUCACGACGUGGUUGGGAUCACGGCGUGUUCGUCCCCAUGCUCCUCGUCAACCCCGCCGCCAACGUUCCCGUCAUCCAGCUCUCCGUCCUCGAAUCAGAGGACCCCGAAGAGCACUUCAAGAUGGGACGCGCUCUCUCCGCGCUAAGAGACUCCAACAUUGCCAUCCUGGGCUCCGGCUUCGCCUCCAUUCACAACCUCUACAAGAUGCGGUCCCUCUUCAUGGGAGACCCCAGCGGGGUUGCCAAACUAAGAAAGCAGGUCAGCGAGUUCGACAAGGAGCUCACGAGCGCCGUCCUCCAGGAUAAGAGGGAGGACAGGACAAAAGCCCUGUCGGGCUGGCGCAAGUUCAACCACAGCUACGACAUGCACCCGCGCGGCGGCGCCGAACACUUCCUGCCGCUACUGGUAUGCGCCGCGGCCGCCGAGGACGAGGUUGCCGGGGUGUACGAGGACGAGUGGAUGGGAGUCGACAUCAAGACGUAUUACUGGGGAGAUGUACGUGUCUGA